AUGGCGACCGCGCCGCCGCCACCGCGCGCUGCCCCGCGCAGGCGCAGCAACGCCCGCGCGGAAGCGCUCGCGGGCGGAAGUGCUCGCGGGCCGGAAGUGGCGGCACUUCCCGUCGGGACGGGCGCCAUGGAGGCGGCGGCGGGGGAGCGGCGCCGGGAGCAGCGGCGGCGGCGGGAGGCGGCCGUGAAGGCCGAGCGGCGAAGCCCCCGGCGCAGCCCGUCGCCGCCGGGCGAGGAGCGGCGGGGCCCGGCAGGGCCGCGUGCGGGCAGCCGCGGCAGCAGGUCACCCCGGCGGAGGAGCCGGUCCGGGCGGAGGAGCCGCUCCCCGCGAGGCAGGAGGAGCCGCAGCCACAGCCCGCACCACGGCGCCGUGAGGGUGAAGCAGGAGCGAGAUGAUCACUGUCGCAGGGGGAAUGAGGAGCGGAAGCAGAGACACCCAUCAGAGCAGGAGCACCGGCGGGACAGGAGUGGUGACCGGGACAGGCACAGGGACCACUCAGACAGAAAGAAGAACCCCAGUGACAGGCUGGGAACUCGCGGCCAUGAGCGGGACAUGCAGAACCUGCGGGAGCAGCAGGCAGAGAGGGAGUUCUACAAUGAGAGGAGGCGAGAGCACCGACAGGGCACUGAGGGCAGCGGCGACCAGAACCCAGAGCUCCGGCAGUCUGAGAGCAAACCCAAAGAAAAAGCUGCUGUGAACAAGGAGAAGCCAAGCUUCGAGCUGUCUGGGGCCCUGCUGGAGGACACCAACACGUUCCGGGGGGUGGUGAUCAAGUACAGCGAGCCCCCCGAGGCGCGCAUCCCAAAGACGCGCUGGCGCCUGUACCCCUUCAAGAACGACGAGUUCCUGCCGGUGAUGUACAUCCACAGGCAGAGCGCGUACCUGCUGGGCCGGCACCGCCGCAUUGCCGACAUCCCCAUCGACCACCCCUCCUGCUCCAAGCAGCACGCCGUCUUCCAGUACCGGCUGGUGGAGUACACCCGAGCUGACGGCACCGUGGGCCGCAGGGUGAGGCCCUACAUCAUCGACCUGGGCUCGGGGAAUGGCACCUUCCUCAACAACCAGCGCAUCGAGCCCCAGCGCUACUAUGAACUGAAGGAGAAGGACGUACUCAAGUUUGGGUUCAGCAGCAGAGAGUAUGUCCUGCUCCAUGAAUCCUCAGAUAAAUCUGAGGCCAAUGCAAAGGACGAUGAUGAAGAUGAGGAGAAGGAGGAAGAGUCUGACAGUUAACGGAUGAGGAAGACGUUGGGGAGGGGCAGAGGAGAGAAACUCCUUGCAAUUGAACAGGACUGGGAUGUGAACACGGAGCAUCGCAGCACUGAUGCCUCUUGUUGCCUUAAAGUCCUUUCUCUGUUGCUGGUCUGUUCCCAUAGUUUGUUUUGGGGGAUUUUGCUCAUUAUUCAUCUUUGAUAGUUUUGCAUAUCAGGAAAUACAGCUUUACUUUUAUUUUAUUUUUCCCCCAACAAGCCGAAGAGCACCUGGACGUGAAAGCUCUGGUGCUGGAAACCCUCCACAGAUGUUGCCAGACUCUUCCAGCAAACCAUGUCAAACACAGACAGCAUCUGGAAAAUUAUUUUUAUGACUUGUUUUGUUACAGCCCUUUGAAAAUGCUACAGACUGAAAGGUUAGUUAAAGAGUACCUGAUGCACAUCUUGUUCAGUAGUUUGCCAAAUUCUUCUGCCUGUUGGGAGGCCUGACAGGAGAAUUUACCCAGAUCACUGCUGAAAUGGCAGAAACGUGGCAAAGACCCUCAUGUAUUUGUAUGUUUUGGCUAUUUAAUUUGCCUCAUGGUGAUUGAGGGAUGGGCAUUUCAGUGGCAUUCUGCCUGGAAAUUACAAAGGAAUGUGAAACAGAAGUUAAACAGUUCCUGGAAUUUCAGGUGAUGAGACUGUGACUGAGGGCUGAGGGCCCCCAGUUUCCUGUUCCCACACACGAUGCUGAAACUGUUGUGGAUGUGGAGUGUCUGGGUUGAAUGCUGGAGCCAUUAUUUCUGACCCCACCCCAGGGUUUGUUUGUGUCACACAGAAACACCUUUGGUUGGGUGACGUGUUUUAACCAGAGUUUGCACUAUUUAAGUUCUCUUUUUAUAAAAACUUACCCAAGUCCCUUGUUUAACACAGUCUUCUCGCUGUAAAGAAAUGAGUGUUUAGGGAGAGAAGCACCAGUCCCACUCACUGGGAGUUGCAUAGUCUUUGGUGUCUCCUCCAUGUUGCUUUAUGUUAAAUGUGUAUGUCCCACACUUUACUGAUUCACCUGGGUGUUUGUGGUCUCACCUGUUCGUCCCUGCUGUGUACGGACUGUACACAAACGGUGCUUGUUGUACACGUGGAUGGUGUAAAUAUGGGGCAUUGCUGUGGGAUUUCAGACGGGUAGGAUGGAGUUUGAGCAGGAGGAGCUCCUUUAUAUCUACUCCAAGGGUUUUUAAAUAAACAAUUUUUAAAUUUA